AAUAAUAAUAAUAAAAGAAUCAUAAACAGUAAAACACACAGAUACACAUACUAAAAAACACAACACACUCAGACCAGAAGUAAGUGAAGUAGUUCAUCUUCUUCAAGAAGCCAACGUAAAAUUUUCUUGAAAGAUUUGGAGAAGAUUCAAGAACACGACUCAAAGAAAAAAGUAUUUUCUUGAUUGCUUCUCUUCAAAGCCACGGCCGAACUUUUCUUUGAUGCUGAUACUUAUUUCAUUUUCACCAUUAAAACUCUCACGAGAAAUCGCUUGAGCUUUCAAUGGCGAAUGUCAACUCAUUGACAGCUUAUAUUUUCUUAUUGGCUACGUUUUGUAAUGUGAUCGUCUCUGUGCAUGCAAUUCUUGACCCCAUGGAUUUCUUGGCUUUACAGUCGAUCAGAAAAUCAUUAGAUGAUAUGCCUGGUUCUGGGUUUUUCUCUUCUUGGGAUUUUACUUCUGAUCCUUGUAACUUUGCUGGAGUUUAUUGUGAUGGUGAUAAGGUUAUCGCGCUUAAUCUCGGCGACCCGAGAGCUGGUUCGCCUGGUUUAACCGGCCGUCUUGAUCCUGCUAUUGGGAAACUCUCCGCUUUGGCUGAGCUCUCCAUUGUUCCCGGCCGGAUUAUUGGUGCCCUCCCUCAGUCUCUCUCUCAGUUGAAGAAUCUCCGGUUUCUUGCUAUCAGUCGGAACUUUCUCUCCGGUGAGAUUCCAGCUACUCUCGGCCAGUUACGCAGUCUCAAAACGCUCGAUCUCAGCUACAAUCAGCUCACCGGAGCUAUUCCUCAUCCCAUCGGAACUAUUCCGGAGCUUUCCAACGUUAUUCUCUGCCAUAACCGUCUAUCCGGUUCGGUUCCUCCGUUUCUCUCACAAACCCUAACCCGGCUCGAUUUAAAGCACAAUGAUCUUUCCGGUUCACUCUCUCCUUACUCUGUUCCUCCUUCGGUUCAAUACCUCUCUCUUUCUUGGAACCGAUUGAGUGGACCAGUGGAUCAGUUAUUAAACCGGUUAGACAAGCUAAACUAUCUAGACCUGAGUAUGAACCAGUUCAGCGGCGGAAUUCCGGGCCGAGUUUUUACAUAUCCGUUGAGUAACCUUCAACUGCAGAGGAAUUUAUUUUGGGGUCCGGUUCAACCGAGUGAUCAGGUGAAAAUCGGGUCCGUUGAUCUUAGCUACAAUAGAUUAUCGGGUCGAAUAUCGCCAAUGUUUUCAACGGUUCAGAAUUUAUACUUGAAUAACAACCGGUUUACGGGACAAGUACCCGGAAGCUUCGUGGACCGGUUAAUGGCAGCAAGUAUACAAAUAUUAUACCUGCAACAUAACUAUUUGACCGGCAUUGAGAUUAAUCCAACGGCUGAGCUUCCGUUGAGUAGCUCAUUGUGUUUGCAGUAUAAUUGUAUGGUGCCGCCGGUACAGACGCCGUGCCCGUUGAAGGCCGGGAAGCAGAAGACUAGGCCCACGACACAGUGCAGCGAGUGGAAAGGGUAAAGUUGGAAUUUCAGCUAUUUCUUUAAGGAAAAACAUAAUUUUGGUCUUUUUUUUUGGGUUAAUUCAUUGAUUUAUUAUUUUGGUUAAAUCUUAUAAGGUAAAUGAUGAUAAAUAAGGGGGUAAAAUACUUUGAUGAGAAAUUGUAGUUAUUUUCUGUGAUUUCAGAAGUUCUAUGUAUUAUUUAUUAAUAUAUAUAUAUAUGAUUUCCUUUUUCCUCUCA